AUGAUUUUAUCUUUAACUUAUUCAGAUGAAUUAAAAUAUGGUGAUUAUACAUUUCCAUCAUGGUCAAUUGUAUUAGGUUGGUGUUUGAAUGUAGGCUUUAUUUUACCAAUUCCAAUAUGUAUUAUAUAUGCAUUUAUUCGUCAAUCGGAUUCAAGAAUUUCUUUAAAACAACGUAUUCGUCUAUUAUUCGUACCUGAUAUAACAAAAAGACAAAUAAAACAACAAAUUGACAAUGGUACUGGAUUUCUUAUGUCGUCAUCUCCACCUAUUUCCUAUGUUUAA